GGAAACAAACAUCCAUACAGAAGGAACGGGAGAGGAAGAGAGAGAGGAAGGAAGGUAGGAGGCCGAGGAAGGGAGACUUAAAACCCCUCUAAACCUGUCUGGCACCGAGGACGACGGCACAUAACCGAAGCAAGAAAGAGAAAAGGACCUCACCGGAACCUGAAAUCAAUCGACAUUUUCCAGCUGCCCACACUAACGGCCACUUUUCCCCGUCGUCUCGCGAGAAACUUCAUCGAUUUUUAGCAGCAAUGGCUCAAGAGACGAACCAGAGUCCAGUGCCCAUGCUUUGUGCCACAGGUUGCGGUUUCUAUGGCAACCCAAGAACCAAUGGUAUGUGCUCCGUAUGCUACAAGGAACACCUGACACGGCAGCAGAGCAGCGACCGCAUGAGCCCCCUCGGCCCAAUGGGCUCAACUGCUAGUCCUACCUCAGAGGCGUCUGCCAUCCAGAGACUAGAAGCCAGUCUAGCAAAGGUUGAUGCCUCCCCUGCCCCUUCACCAGACAUGUCUAGAACCAUUCAAGGAUCUCUUCCUGUGACUCAGCAAAUGACCGAUAUGAGCAUCUCCAGAGAGGACAAACCUGAACCCCUAGAGCCUGUUGUAAGCCAGCCUGCUGCUUCUAGCCCUACUCCUGUAGCCUCUUCUAGCAGUGAGGAAAGUAAGAGUGACACCCCCAAACCUAAGAAGAACAGGUGCUUCAUGUGCCGCAAGAGAGUGGGCCUCACAGGUUUCGACUGUCGCUGUGGCAACCUGUUCUGCAGCAUCCACCGGUACUCUGACAAGCACAACUGUCCCUAUGAUUACAAGGCCGAGGCUGCCGCCAAGAUCCGCAAAGAGAACCCCGUGGUGGUGGCUGACAAGAUCCAGAGAAUAUAAUAGAUGAGACAGAGCAGCAGUGGCAGCAACAAUGAAACACCAUUGACAAAAGACUGGAGUAUGAGUGCGAACCUUUGAAAUGAGCAUAAAUGAGAAUGGAACAGACUUGAUUUACAAAAUUACAACCUCAAGAAGAUCAUGGAGAGGAAAAAAAGAAAAACGUAAAAGAUCCUGUCUGAGGAAGAUGCAUGAAUGAUCACUUUUCUCCCUCUUUUUUUUUUUU